ACAAGCUGCGCAUCUGGGUAUACACUGAAGCGAACCAGAACCGACGGACGCUCCGGGUCCUUACAAGAUAUGGAUGUGACCAGGUGCUCCAUUGCCCGCGGAUACUACCCAGUAUACAUCACCUGGAUACCCUAUACUCCGCUCUGUAUCCGUGCUGAGUACGGAUAUACACAUAUGGAAUGUUAUUCAAGAGACUGACGCCGAGCCGAAUGGAUGUGCAAUAAUAAUGGCGAUCUGCUCAGCAUCACCCACGCCGCGCUGGAACCUACCCGCACCGGGCAGGCGGGCACUUUUGGGAUGAAAAGUCUUCGACGGGGAUCUAUGGACUUGAACGUUGGACACUACUACCGCACUAUUCUCUGAAAAGAUACGGGACACCGCAAGCUACCGUCUACCUCCCCUCUGUACCUUGCCAUGCUCGACGAACCACGCUAGCCGGCUAGUUACCUAGCGUCUGAGUAGCUUCCAUGAGCCUGGUCGAAGGACGUCGUCUUCACUCCCCCGUUCUACUUCUCUCGCUUCUCUCCCCUCCCCCCCGGAGACCUACGCAGGGACCCCCGAAAUCCCGGCCGAUUUGGAUUUUUCUCCCUCCUCCCACGCUCCACUGGCUGAGAUGAGAGAAAGGUCCAACAUCCCGCGUUUCUCCCUCGGCCUGCCAAAGUCGGUCAGAAGGGCGGUGAUGAGAGGGGAAGCUCCCCGAUUCUUGCAUCAUGCAGCGGAAGCCGUUCCUGGGGCGUAAGAGCAUUCCUCUUCUCCUUUCAGACAUAUCUGACUGCUGCUGACAACAGGCCCCAGUGCCUUACCUGCACACACACACCUCAGACGCGAACACAUCUGUGCGAGAGGGGGACAGCAAGAUACGCAAUGAGCAUCGUAGAGUGGUAGACGUGCCACCACCCUUGCAGGUCACGGAGCUGCCCUCGACACAAUAACGGCUGCGCAGCGCAUCGUCAUCUCGCGGCACCUUGGGUUCAUGACAAGCUCCCCGCUACGUCUCGGCCGAGCAGUCAUUCCUCGCGUACUUGAAAGUUGACGCCGCCUGAGCUGAGCAUUGUGAAUUUGUGCGGACAGCUAGCUCAGGCUAGCUAGCUGCGAAGCAUCACUAACUGCUGCCCGUCAUUGCUAGGAAGACCGAGGCAGCAGAAGCAAGCACCAUCCCAGUUUCUCGCUGCCCUUCCGGAAUGGCUCUUCAGUCGAGAAUAGUUUGGCCCCGUGCGUCAAGCAUGGCUAACCCUCCUGGAAAAAAGUAUUUCUGCAUGGCAUGUCACAAGAAGCAAAAACAAGAGGCAAACUUCCCUAGGUCAAGGUCCUAGCCAAAGCCAAGGCACGCAAGCAAGACAAGUGCGCACAGAGAGAGAGAGAGAGAGAAAGAGUCGGUACCGUCAUGUCAGCAGGGGACUUGUACCGUUACUUACCUCUCGACCCGAACGAGAGCAACCGGUCGACUAAGCCCUGUCAAUGUCUGAGCACCCUAUGGCGCCGAGACUGGGUCUACCCCCGGGUGUUUCCCUUGAUCCCAUGCCAUGUAGGUACCCCGGCCAGCACAUUUGCUGUCCACAACCCAACAGCUUCAACUUGUAUCCAAAUCCAUGUCGCCGUUCAUCCUCCUCUUCUCCUCCUUCUCCUCCACCACCGUGUACACCCCCAUGCACGUUAAGCUCGUUGGUUCCCCGGCAAGUUGCCAGGGCUCGGUCGAUAAGAAGGCUAUGCCGCCAUAAGAGAACUACGCUAGGGCAAUUCAGAAAAAAAUCAAAUAGACCUGGUCCUCCCGACCUUGCCUAAUAGUCUCUGUCGUGUAAUGACCAGCGGUUACAUUGGAACCAUAGCAGCUUUGCAAGAGAAUCCUAACCACUCCUUUCGAUCACACUUGCUCAUCUAAAUCGAAUACGACCUUGGUCAUCAAGCCACCCUGCCCGGUUAUCGAAAUAACACUCAGUUCACACGAGGAACACGGCUCACCGCACUACGCUGCUUCGAAUACUCAGCCUAGCAACAACUUUCACCUUGUGGUUCACGUUCUGCAACAAUUCUUUCUUCUCAAAAGGACAGACUUACAACACGUCAAGCUUUUGGAUCAUCCCUGGGUUUAUGAAAAGACCAGCAAGAAAGAGAACUAGCUCUAGCAAGGAAUAAGGACGCGUUGGCUACUCACAGUGAGUCGAUCCAGCCAUCACAUAGUGCCUGAGGUUCUCGGCCACUCAUUGCCUGGGAUCGAAUCCAGAGUCAUGAGUGGCCCGUUCGGCCUGCACUCUUACCACGCCAUCAAUACAUUUAAUCCUGACCAUCGGCACUGCCAACCUUCAGCCAGCUUUCCAACCUCUUCCACGGCCUUUUGCGGUCACCCAAGUACUUUGUCCACUGAAACUUGCGUCUCAUCUGGAGAGCUCGUCCUCCCAGUCGAUAAAAGCAAAGCAGCCUGCCAUCACAUAGAGAGGUCAUCACUACGACCACCGACGCCAAUCUCGACAGGCCUGCAUCUACCACAUCGUGCUUUAGCCAGCUCUCUGAUCAGAAGAUUGACUUGACUGGGCGGCUUCCGUUGCGGCCGUUGAACAAGUCUUUCUUACCUCCUGACCUAUUUGUGAUAUCUAGACCUUGGGACUGUUGGCUUCGACCCAGUUAGUCCCAUCAAAGCCGACAACCUGGCGAUCUCAGCGGUUGUCCGAUUCUCUGAACAUCACCAACCCCAACGUAGCCGCGAGGCUAAGGAGGGCGAAAACGCACAGGCAACCUGUCUGCAUACAACUGACCGGUAUCCUGGACAAGACAACGCACAUUCUACCAAGCAACCUUCUCCCGGGCCAGAUUCGGACUAUUGCUCGGCUUCAAGUACUGGCCAGAACGGUCAAUGUUCGGGCCAAAACGGCCGGGAGAGUGAAGGGGAAAAGGUCUCGAUGUCACAGAGGGGGCUUGCACCUCACUCUACGACGCAAUCACCACCUCGAGCUCCCUUUACUUCCCAGCAGAGUACUCUAUCUCGAGACAGUCAAGCGUUCCAAGAUGUUGUCCCAACCCCUUCCGCAGCCGGCGAGAGACACUCCAAUGCUCCACGGUCCUUGGGCAUCAGAGGGUUGAUUAACCCGUCUGAAGCGCAACAGGAAAGCUCCACUGGCGAGUCAUCACAACCUCGGCCAACUGACAGUCAGACCUCGCCGUAUGGCAUGCCUCCGGGGCAAUAUACCACAUCUAGUGAUCGUCAGUAUGCAUUCCAAGGUCGAGGACAUCCUAGUUCUCAGCCCGGUACUCCAGCUGGUCACCCGACAACAACGCCGUUGGGCCACACACCAUCGGAACACUCGCCCAAGAGUGGGUUUCCCUUCCCUCCCAUGGGUGCGCCAAGGCAGAUUCUCAGUCCUCGAGAAGUACGGGCAGCCAGCGUGAGCCAGACGAGUAUGCGAGGCCACGAACCACAACAAACUCCCUUUUUACCGCCCAACGCUUCGCGACUGAAGCGCCCCUACCCUGGCGAGGAGGGUCCCCAGGAGCCCGUUCGUUCAGCAUCCGGUCUACCCUUCUCUGGACCACCUUCCCUAGGCCCUCCUUCAGCAGGAAUGGGUCCGCUCACAACGCCGCCGCGUUCCAUGUCCCAGCCCAUGGUUGGACACAUGCAGCCUGGCAACCCCGAACGGCCUCAACUGCCCCCUAUGGCACGAGAUCCUCAUGGUAGACCAACAGAGUUCCAUGGUCAACCAAUGCUACCUCCGGGUCAGAACUAUCCUCCACCACAGUCACCAGGCGUCCCUGUUUGGUCCACACCUGGUGCCGGAACGUCCUUAUAUCAAAGUCUGCGGUCAGAUGUGACAAAGGCGGAGGGUGGCAUGGUAGUCAGGCUACCGGGAGACGAGGGAGGCAUUCUCAUACCCGUAGACGUACAUCAGGCGUCAAAGCAGGCAGACGAGAAGCGCCAACGGAAUGCCGGGGCUUCGGCACGCUUCAGACAGAGGAAGAAGGAGAGAGAUCAGGAACAGACUGCCAGUCUGCAAAAGUUGGAACAGCGUGGACGUGACCUGGAGGCGAGAGUGCGGGAGUUGACACGGGAGAGGGACUUUUACCGGGACGAGCGCAACCGUCUUCGCGAUGUGGUUCUUCGAACGCCUCUCAGCGACAUGGCAAACGGACCUCCGAGCCCAACGUCGUCAAGAAGCGGAGGAUCUAUGGCGGAGACCAGCCCCAUGGUGCAAGCUCCGAUGCUGCCCCAUCAAUCUCAGGGCUACGCAUCGAGCGAGGCGUCUUCGGUGGAACGACCGACGCGUAGACGUAGGACCGACUCGGCCCCGCCUCCAGAGUUCUCGAUGCCUUCAUAUGGCACUCCGAUCCCCCAGGCUGGAAACCUGCCACCUAUGCAGGCUCCGGCGUAUGGCAUGAUGCCGCAGAGACCCCCGUCUACGGCGCCGGGCGGAGAGCGACUACCACCUCUUCGGGGUAUGGAGGGCCCUUACCCUGGCCAGGAAUCGGGGCCGGGCGUGUCUGCCGGUGGUCCCUUGUAUCCCAGCUACACGCGUGUCCCUCACGAGACGGGGUUCGCGAGCAGAUCGGCUGGACCACCACCACCCGGUCACCACGGGCAUCACCAUCAUAUCCAUGAGGGUGGCCCGCGGUAGAGCCGAGAACGACAGAACUAUAACAACGUACGACAGAAAAGUGUUCAUCUCUUACUUUGGCCUUUUGGAAUUUUAUCGACCGACCGCAUUUCUCUACAUCGACACUCGCUACCCAGUUUAUACCCACUUCGUUUCACUGUUUCGAACUCGUUCGCUCUAUACUACGAAUACAGAUUAUAAUAGGAGGGAGGGAGAUGGCGGGGUUUCCAAAAGAGGACUGUUUGAUUUGGGUUAUUCAUUUUUUGGGUUUAUCUCUCAGAGAAUCGCAUAGUUGGGCGACCGACGCAGAACAUUUCUUAUGGGCUGUAAACAUGGGAGUUGGCUGCAUGGGAAUAAGGAGAGGGAAGCAAGAGAGAAGGAAAGGGUUGUGUGUCAACAAGAAGAGUCAAAGUCAUCAUUACAACAGAAAGGAAAGCCAUUUUUGCCUCUGCCGAGGGAUGGUUUGGUCCGACCAAAAUCAACUUUUCCACAGCGCUGGGUUUUAUGUUUUGUUUUAUUUUGCACUUUUAUUGCUUUUGCUUUGGCGUGAAUGGGACGGAGGGACUGGGACUUGCAAGUUCAUCAAGUUGUGUUUUCAAAGCGGAUAUUUGAUAGAGCAUCGGAUGUUCACCAUCACAGCCGACUGUGUGUGUUUUUUGCUUUUGUUAUUUCAUGUAGUAGACGCCGGACUAGUCAGUGAUGGCGUCGUAUGUUUGAUACGGAGACCGAGAUUAGACCCGAUUAUGAGAUCCUUCCACACCGGACUUUUGGUAUCUAUAGAAAUUCAAACAAUAGACGAUCGA